GGAGAAUGAAGCUGCAAAUUUCUCUGUUGGACAAAGGAACAGUAUUUCAUCCUCAAGGAGGCAAAUCAAUGCAUCAGCAGCAGAACCAACGCAAAACACCACGUCAAUCAACCAACCCAUAAUUGUAUUAUUGUGGGUAAAGUAUAAACAUGGUGAGAGAGAAGAUCCCGAUCAAGAAAAUCGACAACACGUCGGCCCGGCAGGUUACUUUCUCCAAGAGAAGAAAAGGACUGUUAAAGAAAGCUAAAGAACUCUCAGUUCUUUGUGAUGCUGAUCUUGCUCUCAUCAUCUUCUCCUCCACAGGGAAGCUCUUCGACUUUGCCAGCUCAAGCAUGAAGAACAUACUUGAAAAGCAUGGUUUGCACUCAAAGAACCUUGAAAAGUUGGAACAAUCAUCUCUUGAGCUUCAGAACGAGGGAAUUGCUAAGCAGAUAGUUGGGGACAGCAACUACUCAAGAUUAAGCCAAGAAGUUGCUGAGAGAAGCCAUCAACUAAGGUACAUGAGGGGAGAGGAACUUCAAGAAUUGAGUAUUGAAGAGUUGCAGAAGUUAGAGAGAUCACUUGAAACCGGGUUGAGCUGCGUGAAAGAGAAAAUGGAUGAAAAAAUCAUGAAAGAGAUCAAUCAACUUCAACAAACGGUCACUAUGCCAAACUUGUUAAUACGAUCUUUGGAGAGAGAAAACAGAAUGGAACUCAUGGAAGAGAAUGAGCGUCUAAGACUGCUGAUAUCGAAAGGGGAGAAAAAUAUGAUAGCAGCUGAUUCUGCGAACAUAGUCGAGGAGGAAGGUCAAUCAUCGGAGUCGAUUACUAAUGCUUGUAACUCAAUUGGCCCUCCACAAGAUUCGGAUAGCUCAGAUACGUCUCUCAAGCUUGGGCUGCCAUACUUUAGCUGAAACAAUGGAGCUAAACUUAUAAUUGUUGAUGGAUGGAUGGAUGAUUACUUGCCGAAUAUGGAUGUUAAUAUAUAUGCCUCUGUGUUCGGUUUCCUCCCUUCUUAUGGAAUCUAUGAAUUUGUAUACUGAAAACUGAUAAUUAACUGCAGUAUGAUAUCAUGUCCGAAGUGUCAACCUUAAAACCAAUUUCACUCGGCUUGUAAUAAUAUAUGCGGGGGUGGAGAUGAUGAGGUUGGUCCAUAUCUAUUACUCGGCAUUGUACCCCAGCGAUGUUGGUGCGGCAUCAAUAGGAUUGACUUUUUUAUCGA